UUUCAAUAUAUUUAUUGGAAUGAAGCCACACUUUCAUGUGUGACCUUGUAUCCUACUUCAGUUGCACGUUGGUGGAUCUACCAUACUUCAGCAAUGAGUCAAACAUGUGAAUGGAAAAAUGAGGUCAUAAAGAAGCAGGCCCAAAAAGAACGAGAGAAAGACGUAGAAAAACGAUGGGCAGACGUGAUGUCUAAGAACGGUGAGGGAGCUCCUGAAUGGUUAAAAGAAGCUGCUAUGAAGAAAAAGCAGAAACAAAGUUUGAAACAGAAAGAUGAGGAUUUAGCUCCAUGGCUAAAAGAAGUUCAGAAGAAGAAUGCCGGCUUAGCAAGAAGGAUAUCCGAUGCCACAAAUUGUGAAAGUGAAAGUAAUCUGGGCUGAAAUACGGAUUUGGUGCGUUUUUUUCUUUAUUACGAUAGUUUGAUAUGUUUUUGAACGAACGGUAAAUUAGAUUGUUCAAUAUCAUGUGAAUUCCACACAGAGAUUAACUAUACUACAAACAUACAUAUACUUUUAUUAUCAUGAUUCUUUUCCUUGUAUAUUAUUAUUUGCGCUUUAUUUAAUAACCUGAUUUGUGGAAAUCCAGAAUAUUUUCCUAACACAUGACUUCCAUUUCUUGAGUUUAUCAUACACUGAACAUGUAAGCCCAAAUCUUCGUAAAUAUCCAAUUGGAUUUUUCAGUUCCUACCAAUUUAUCUUCACAGUUAAAAUUACGAGUCAAUCUAAGCUAAACCAUCAUUGGAAAUCUAGAAGCACUGGACGACCGUCUCGUCUUAUUAUGGGACUUGGAACCAGGUCAUUCGACCUAUCGUGCGGAUACUCAAAUUCUAGACAACGACUAGCGUCGAACGGUGUCAGUGUCUUACUUCAGUAAAUCAUAAUCUUGCGCAACCCUUCGUCGAUUCGCUGUGGUGGUCACGGCUUCUCACCAGAACU